AUGGCGUGGAAAAGACGAAAAAAGAAUAGUGUUGGUCAAAAAGAGAGCAUUCUACUCUUUGAUUCUCCAUGUUUUUUUUUUUUUACCGUCCUCUAUUUCUCUCUGUUCUCCUCUCUCUCUCUCUCUAUCUCUUUCUCUCUCUCUCUCUCUCUAUCGGCAUCUCCCUUCCCGUUUCUUUUUUACCUUCACCAUUCUUUUGACCACUCUUUCCUUCUCACGUCUGCACUCUCUAUCUCCCUGCUUGCCUUCACGUUUUUUCUCUUUUCACCUCUCCCUAUUUCUUGUUACCUCUUCUUUCUCCUCUUACUUCCCUUCAUCACUCACUUCUUUGCAUCUCUUCUCUCACUCGACAACUCUCUUUCUUUCUCGCUUUUUAUAUUCCCCCCCUUGUUACUCGCUCGCUUCAAAGAUUCACUUUCUUUUGCUCACUCUCUCUCUAAUAUUAUCGUUUUAUUCUCCAUCUUAUCAUCAUUCCGUUUCACACACUUUAUUUUCUCAAAUAUCUAUCGCUGUCGGCCCAUUAUCUAUCUAUCUAUCUAUCUAUCUAUCUAUCUAUCUAUCUAUCUAUGUCUCUUCAUAGCUAUCUAUCUAUCUAUCUAUCUAUCUAUCUAUCUAUCUGUGCCUUUUCAGAUCUAUCUAUCUAUCUAUCUAUCUAUCUAUCUAUCUAUCUAUCUAUCUAUGCCUUUUCAGAUCUAUCUAUCUAUCUAUCUAUUUUUCUAUCUAUCUAUCACAAUAUCUUCCUAUCUAUCUAUCUACAUUCUAUUUACAUAUCUAUGCCUUUUCAGAUCUAUCUAUCUAUCUAUCUAUCUAUCUAUCUAUCUAUCUAUCUAUCUAUCUAUCUAUCUGUCUGUCUAUCUAUGCCUUUUCAGAUCUAUCUAUCUAUCUAUCUAUCUAUCUAUCUAUGCCUUUUCAGGUCUAUCUAUCUAUCUAUCUAUCUAUCUAUCUAUCUAUCUAUCUAUCUAUCUAUCUCUCAUCUAUCUAUGCCUUUUCAGAUCUAUCUAUCUAUCUAUCUAUCUAUCUAUCUAUCUAUCUAUCUAUCUAUGCCUUUUCAGAUCUAUCUAUUUAUAUAUCUAUCUAUGUCUCUUCAUAGCUAUCUAUCUAUCUAUCUAUCUAUCUAUCUAUCUAUCUAUCUAUCUAUGUCUCUUCAUAGCUAUCUAUCUAUCUAUCUGUGCCUUUUCAGAUCUAUCUAUCUAUCUAUCUAUCUAUCUAUCUAUCUAUCUAUCUAUCUAUCUAUCUAUCUAUGCCUUUUCAGAUCUAUCUAUCCAUUUUUCUAUCUAUCUAUAUCUAUCACAAUAUCUUCAUAUCUAUCUAUCUACAUUCUAUUUACAUAUCUAUGCCUUUUCAGAUCUAUCUAUCUAUCUAUCUAUCUAUCUAUGCCUUUUCAGAUCUAUCUAUUUAUAUAUCUAUCUAUGUCUCUUCAUAGCUAUCUAUCUAUCUAUAUCUAUCUAUCUAUCUAUGUCUCUUCAUAUCUAUCUAUCUAUCUAUCUAUCUAUCUAUCUAUCUAUCUAUCUAUCUAUCUAUCUAUCUGUGCCUUUUCAGAUCUAUCUAUCUAUCUAUCUAUCUAUCUAUCUAUCUAUCUAUGCCUUUUCAGAUCUAUCUAUCUAUCUAUUUUCUAUCUAUAUAUCACAAUAUCUUCACAUCUAUCUAUCUAUCUACAUUCUAUUUACAUAUCUAUGCCUUUUCAGAUCUAUCUAUCUAUCUAUCUAUCUAUCUAUGCCUUUCAGAUCUAUCUAUUUAUAUAUCUAUCUAUGUCUCUUCAUAGCUAUCUAUCUAUCUAUAUCUAUCUAUCUAUCUAUGUCUCUUCAUCUCUAUCUAUCUAUCUAUCUAUCUAUCUAUCUAUCUAUCUAUCUAUCUGUGCCUUUUCAGAUCUAUCUAUCUAUCUAUCUAUCUAUCUAUCUAUCUAUGCCUUUUCAGAUCUAUCUAUCUAUCUAUUUUCUAUCUAUCUAUCACAAUAUCUUCAUAUCUAUCUAUCUACAUUCUAUUUACAUAUCUAUGCCUUUUCAGAUCUAUCUAUCUAUCUAUCUAUCUAUCUAUCUAUCUAUCUAUCUAUGCCUUUUCAGAUCUAUCUAUCUAUCUAUCUAUCUAUCUAUCUAUCUAUCUAUCUAUCUAUGCCUUUUCAGAUCUAUCUAUCUAUCUAUCUAUCUAUCUAUCUAUCUAUCUAUCUAUCUAUCUAUCUAUGCCUUUUCAGAUCUAUCUAUCUAUCUAUCUAUCGCAAUCUGUUCAUACACAAAGAGAGAUGGCACUUUCUUUAUCUAUCUCACUUUUCAUUCUCUCUCUCUAAGGUCUGUUCAUAUCUAUCUAUCUAUCUAUCUAUCUAUCUAUCUAUCUAUCUAUCUAUCUAUCUAUCUAUCUAUCUGUCUAAGUCUGUUCAUAUCUAUCUAUCUAUCUAUCUAUCUAUCUAUCUAUUUGACUCUUCAUUAUCUAUCUAUCUAUUUGACUGUUCAUAAUCUAUCUAUCUAUCUAUCUAUCUAUCUAUCUAUCUAUCUAUCUAUCUGUCUGUCUGUCUGUUCAUUAUCUAUCUAUCUAUUUAUCUAUCUAUCUCUGUUAAUUAUCUAUCUAUCUAUCUAUCUAUCUAUCUAUCUAUCUAUCUAUCUCAGUCUGUUCAUAUUUAAUCUAUCUAUCUAUCUAUCUAUCUAUCUAUCUAUCUAUCUAUCUAUCUGUCUGUCUGUCUGUCUGUUCAUUAUCUAUCUAUCUAUCUAUCUAUCUAUCUAUCUAUCUAUCUAUCUAUCUCAGUCUGUUCAUAUUCUAUCUAUCUAUCUAUCUAUCUAUCUAUCUAUCUAUCUAUCUAUCUAUCUAUCUAUCUAUCUAUGUCCUAUCUUCUCGCACUCUACUCCGAAUCUCCACACCAUCUUUCUACCCCUCCUCCAAGUCGUAAAUCUCCAUAAUGAAGAAUGCAUCUGUCCAAUCCCUUCCGAUGUCUAUCCAUCCCCCUCCCCAUUGCUCAUUUUCUUUUGUGCUCUCCUCUCUUCGCACUUGCAUUCCUCCCCUUGGCCGUGCGUCGUCCCCGCUGUCCGUUUGUUAGACGAAGAUUAG